AAUUAAGGCCGGCCAUCUUGACGAAGACUGACGUGAGUGACAGAGCUCUCUAGCCUGGGGUAUGCUGAUGUGAUCAAUGCAGACAACUCAAGGGGCUACGGUAACAGUGGCCCCUGGCGCCCUCCCUUCUGAUACCCCCAUCACUGUGACGCUGCCCACAGGGGGAGGUGUGCUCUCCAAGGCGCCCACUGCCUCUAAGACCUCCAGCACAGACAUCACCACAAGCAGCAUCCCUCUGGCACUAACUGUCGCCCCAGGCACAUUACCCUCCUACCACCAGGCUCAGAUGUUGGCCGCUCAGACCCCUGUGAAGGUGGUGACCACAGUGUCCGCAGCUAACGCUCAGCCUCAACCACUGCUGGAUGGACAAAGUGGCACAGUUACGGUACAGGUGGUAGACAAGGAUGUCGUCCUAGAUCGUGAUAAGCGAGCCAUUUACAGGCACCCAUUAUUUCCUUUGCUGAAUUUGCUGUUUGACAAAUGUGAGCAGGCUACACAGACCCCUGACUGUCCCUCUGCUGACAGCUUUGCCGUGGACAUUCAGCAGUUUGUUCAUCAGCAAGAAAGAGACCAUAAACCCUUCUUCAGUGAGGAUCCAGAUCUGGAUAGUUUAAUGGUAAAAGCUAUUCAGGUGUUACGGAUACAUCUACUGGAGUUGGAGAAAGUGAAUGAACUGUGUAAGGAUUUCUGCAGUCGAUACAUCACAUGUUUGAAGGGUAAACUACAAAGUGAGAAUCUGCUGCGGAUAGAGGGCUCAGAAUUUGACAUGUCUCCUCCCACGACACCCCAGCCCCAGCCCUCAGUCCCUGUACCCCAGGUAGUGUCCUCUGUGGCCGGUAACAGUCUCUUGAUACAGCCUGGGAUCCACCAGCCUGCUGCCACCAUGGCCACACUAAACCAGGGUCAACUUGUCUCUGGGGGAACAGUGUAUCAAAUGGUGCAGACACCACAGGGCAUCGUGGCUCAGCCUGUACAGAUCCAGACAGCUCCUGUGCAAACAGCCAUACCUCAAAGCCCUAUCAUCCAUGGCAGUACACCAUUGUCACAGAUUGGGGUUGUCGCCCCGGCAACACCUGCUUCAACACCCACAGGCUCAGUGACCUCCCCAUUUUUGCUUCCGGCCACACCCACGUCCCCGUCAGACGAUGAAGAUAGGUUGGGGGAUAAGAAAUCCAAACGCGGUGUUCUUCCCAAAUCAGCCACAAGUGUCAUGAGGUCUUGGCUUUUCCAGCACAUUGUGCAUCCAUAUCCUACAGAAGAUGAGAAAAGACAAAUAGCUGCUCAAACUAAUUUAACACUCCUACAAGUGAAUAACUGGUUUAUCAAUGCAAGGCGGAGAAUCUUACAGCCUAUGUUAGACUCCAGUAAUCCUGAUCAAACUAAACAGAAGAAGUCUCGCCCUCCAAGUCGGCCAGUACAGAGAUUUUGGCCAGAUAAAAUAGCUAACCUCCAGCCCCAGCUGUCUGUACCUACCGAGACCACCUCUCCAGACGCUGACCAGUCUGGUGGUCAAGAGGCAAUGCCUGCUGAGACAGAGGCACCCUCACAGCCUACACUGACCACGGCUGUCACCUCUAAUACACAAAUACCUCAUCAGAUUAUAUUACAACCAUUUUUAACAGCUGAUGGUCAAAUAAUUAGCACAACAACGUCCACAGUAAGCUUGGCCGGGUUACAGGGUGGCCAGCUGUCCAAUGUACUGGGGCAUGUGCAACAAGGGAGGCUACUCCUGCAGAACGGACCGGAAACCCUCCAGGCACAGUCCACAGACAUUUCAUUGAAAAAUGACAAUUCUUAGUUGGUCAGCUGGGACGUGAAAAAGACUCUACAGAACCUCGAUCUUCCUGUGUUUCUCAACAGGUUUCUGGAGAUUGUAAGGAUAACUGAAGUGAAAAGCUGGUCAGAGUUGUGGUGUAUCUAAAUUAGAGAGGUGGUGUACAAGUGAAGAACAGAUCAAGGCAGUAUAUACUCAAUCUGGCUGUGUACAUUGAGGUCUAUACGUGACUACUGACCUCUUACAGAUGAGCUGAAAUUUUGUCUGAUGGUGCUUCAAUUCAUGCUUCAUCCAAAUGUUCCUCAUUUCAUUAUAGCGUGUGCCAUUGUUCCAUUACAUUGAAAAUUCCUGUAUCUGUUUCAGCUUUUAAACUUGCAUAGAAUGGGAUGUAUAGAUGUUUUCCAGGUCGGGAGCAGGGUGGGUUGGGAGGUGGUGACUGAUAUCAUAGUAAUAGAAUAUGCAUAUCGUGAGUAAAGCAUUACUUAAAUCAUUGUCUUAAACCUCAUCAUUGCCAAACCUAAAGUGUAUAUUUAAUGGCAAAAAUCGUCUCAAAUCACUGUGCUUUACAUUAAAAUAUAGCAGAGAAGUUUUCACUCCUGCUCCAUUCUUCUUUGCUAUACAGGUGCUUUUUACCAGAUGUUUUGGUAAAUGAUGUUGCUGAAUGAACAUUAUAUGUCGCAGUCAUGGCAGGCAAAAACAACUUAAAUUUCAUGCUUCAUAUUGUUAAUGUAUUUCUCUGAUAGUACUUGUUUUGAAAUAGAAACCUGGUGUACCAUUAUCAGUCAUUUAUGCAACUUUUAAUACCCAUUAUUUUUUAAAGGAAGUCAUAUCUCCUCAAUCUGUCUAUCCAAGCCUCUUGAAAUCUUUCCAAAUAAUAAGAUAAAAGAUUGCAUGGCUGCACUUCCAUGAUCAUUUAAACUUGUGACUUGUCACACUUGAUAUAAAGACAGUCCUAAAUCAACCAUGUUUCCAACACAAAGAUAAAAAUACCUCUUCCUUGGUAUGGCUGUAUUGAUAGUACUGCUGAAGAAGGCCAUCUAUAAUAUACUGAUAUUGGAGAAAAGUUCAUGUUUUUCUGCUUUGACAUUCUAAGCAAAAAAAAAACAGUAUUUAUUGUAUUGUAACAAAGUCAUUUCAGUCAGUUUCCUCAUUUGAACUAUUUUCUCAGACUAGCAAAAGGUGAUUGAAGAGAAAAUAUGCUACCACACAUAUAUUCAUAACAGAAGACAAGAUAUGGGUUUGAUGAAAUAUUUUUUCUUUAAUCUUGUCCAUAUUUUACACUCUUGUCUUAUCUUUGUAUAAUACUAUUAUAUUAAAUACAAUAUUAAAAAGAAA